AUGCCUGCCUUUGAGCUGAAGCCGAUGGGUUCGACGAACGACAAACGCGUGGGCCAUGGUGCGAUUUUCAUGAAAGGCGGAGGCGCGAUCGCAUCCACGAUCCCGCGGCCGGAGGAGAUCGUCUGGACUUGCCAGCGCGCGCCGCUCCCGCCACAACUCGCGGGCCGCGUGCCCGACGCCAUAUGGACGGCCACCUUCGACGCCGUCGCGCAGCGAGUCGCCGAGGAUAACGAGAUGCGGCGUCGGGCCCUCAACACGUUGGGCGGGCCGAUGAUUCCAUGCUGCGUUUGCUGCCGCGUGUGCACGGCCUUUGCGUCAGUUGGAAAGAUCCAGGAGGAGCAACAGCGGGCCGACCAAGCGUGGCUGGCGCUCGUCCAGGGCGAGCAGGCGAAAUACGCGCCCUACGGUGUCCACGUCGCUCUGGCGACCGAGACGCGCGUGAGCGGUGGCGAUGACACCAGGGUCAGGACGCGCGAGGUCAACGUGGGCCUCAAGUUCGAGACCUCCGAUCCGGUCGACGGCGUGGUCGUGGAGGCACCGGCACUGCAGCAGCCGAUCGAGCGCGCGGGCAUCGCGUCCGAGCUCGAGGCCCUGGUCGCGCUGCACCAGAAGGGCGCGCUGACCGACAGCGAGUUCGCCGCGGCCAAGGCCAAGCUCCUGGGGUAG